AUGCUCUAUUGUACGACAUUUGCUGAUUACAUUGAAGUUAAUAAUAGAUCGCUUUUAUUUGCCGGAAGCACCUCAAAUUCUAUAUGUGUUUGGGCUUUUAAAGGUGAUGAGCCUUUUCAACUAACGCGCUUAUCAAGUUUUGGCACACAAAAGGGAAUUAUUUUCUCCGUCGACAUAUUUCAACACCCCUAUACUAAAUCUUGUCUUAUAGCUUCGGCUGCAGAAGACAGAUCAGUUGUCAUUUGGUCUUCCCCCUUCGAUUCAUUUUGUUCAAUGAACCCUUCUCCGUCUGGCAAUUGGUGCAUACUUCAUCGAUUGGAUGCUUUUUCCAAUGAUCCCACUUCGUCUUUACUGUUUGGGGCAAGAAUUUGGUGUGUAUGCUUGAACGAUUGGGGCAUAGUAACAGCCGGUGAAGAUUGCUCCAUAGUUUUCUAUCCUUGGUUGAAUUCAUCGACUGCUAGAUUGAAACGAGUUUUGCUGAAAUCCGCCCAUCGUGGUAGAAGUAUUUGGUGCCUUGAUACGCGGAUUGUUAACGAGACUAAAAUGCAAAUCGUAUCUGGUGGAAAUGAUGGUGGUUUAAUUGCAAAUGAAAUUGAUUUGGAUGUGAAGAAUGAACCUAUUUUAAAUCAGGUUAUAUCUGUGAAGCCCAAGAUAAACAUUCCGAAGUCUGAAGAGCAUUCCUCUCUCCUGAAGCACAACUUUCCAUCUGAUGUCAUCUUUUUAAAUUCUCAAUUCAUUGCUGAUAUCCGUGUUUUAUUCCCAAAUUCGGUUGGGGAGACCGUGAUACUCUCAUCAUCGCUACGUAGUGUCUUUGUGGGCCCAGAGGGUAAAGUAUUCACCAUCCUCGAAUCUGGGGAUUUGGCACUACUUCGUUCGAUAGAUGAUGGUGCAUCCGAAUUGAGUGUUAUUCAGCCGAUGGUGUCUUCUGGCCUUGUCAAAAGGCUCAACAAAGGGGCUCAAUACAUCCAGGGCGAUGGCGUCUAUCUUCGACAGAAUUGCCUCUUCCCUGGUUAUUGCGUUUCUGGAGUUCACAGAGAGUCUGGAAGGUUUGCUCUUGGCGGAAGAUGGGGCUGUCUGGGCAUCUAUGAAGUAGAACCAGGUGAGUCUUAG